AGAUGUACAUGGAAGUCCAGACAGAAACUACUUGCGACAGCGAGGGAAGGUUCACACAGCCUCUGUAAUUCUGUUUGUGUGGGUACAUUUUUCCUAGCCCCCUCUCCUCCCGCUGACGAGCCUGUACCAGGCUGGUGAGAAGGUUUGGGACCAGAUCAUUAACCCCAGCUCGUCGGGGCCUGUCUAUCUGUAAUGAGUGACUGACACUCUAACCCAACAACAUCGGGAGCAGCAGCACAAACUGAAAUCUCGGUGAAUGGUCGGCACAUUUGUCAUCCGGGACAGCACUGAACACCGUCCGGUAUCAACAUCAGAGAAAUACUUAAACACUUAAAGCCACCUUUGUGCACAGCUGAAGUAGAGCGUCGAACUGGUUUGUUCGGUUUCAGCAGAGAAUCCGCCCUGUGGACAGGCUGCAGCUUGCACACGGAAAAUCGCGCUGUGAGUCUCGCAGAACAACACCGGCCCCUCCCCCGCAGCUACUAUAUAUCUGUCGCUGGUUGGGAUGAAGUUCGCAGAAAAAGACUUGAAAAUAUAUCGACACGGAAACAGAGCAUUCAUGGUGGACUGAGGCGGCAAAACAACUGAAAUGGGAGGAAUAUACACUAAAUUUCAGAGAGAAAACUUAUCGCAAGGGGAAGUUAAUCGUGCCACAAAAUCAAAGCCCUCUAGAAGAUUUGAACAUGGAGCAGGUCGUGAUCCAUGUCAGCACACGAAUAUCACUAGAGGCUUUUGUGAGUUAUCCUCGCAACUGAAAGAUGUUCAACAGAAACACAAGGAGACUCUGCGGACACAAACUGAAACACUGAGAGUGAACACGAUCCUAAUGACGGAGAAGGAGAAGGUUUCCCGGCUGGUUGAUCAAUACACUGAGCUCACGGUCAUUUCUACUGUUCGAGAUCGGAGACUGGUGGAACAUGAGUUGCUGGCCAGAGGCAGAGACCAUGAGGAGUGGAGAGAAAAGCAUCUCUGCGGAGAGCUGGAAAAAAUCCAGACCGAUCAGUUGUUCCAGAGCAGCUUUUCUGGGAAUAAAUACAAUUCUGCGAGUUCCGCAGUAGUGGCCGGAGUGUCGGGGAUCGGGAAAACAACAAUGGUACAAAAGAUUGUUUAUGACUGGGCUACAGGGAAAGUAUAUCAACAAUUCCAGUUUGUCUUCCGUUUCAAAUUCCGGGAUUUAAACUCCAUUAACUGUCGAAUAAACCUGAAGGAACUGAUUCUGGGUCAGUAUCCUUACUUUGGGAAUUUACUGAGAGAGGUCUGGAAUAAUCCAGAGGGAUUGCUGUUUAUAUUUGAUGGUUUGGAUGAAUUCAAACACAGAAUCGAUUUUUCUGACAGUCGGAGAGAUUCAGAACCCAAGCACCAGUGCCUAGAUCCCGAGUGGCGGUGUGAAGUGUCGGACAUUGUGUACAGUUUAAUCCAGCACAAGCUGCUCCCAGGGUGUUCAGUGCUGGUGACCACCCACUCCACUGCGUUACAUUUAUUGGAAAAGGCGGAGAUCGGUGUCCGGGCUGAAAUCCUGGGAUUUGAUGGUGAGGAACGGAAGGAAUAUUUCACCAGGUAUUUUGAAAAUCAUACGGUGGCAGCAGCUGUUUUCAAACACGUGAAGGAGAACGAGAUCCUGUACACCAUGAGCUACAAGCCCUCCUACUGCCUGAUCCUUGCUCUGGCACUGGGCCCCUUCUUCACGCAAAGGGUUAGGGACCCGCAGCGAGUUCCCAAGACCAUCACCCAAAUCUAUUUCCACUAUAUUUACAACAUCUUGAAAAACCACCGCCGUGAGAUAGAGAACCCACGUAACGUAUUACUCAGGGUUGGUCAGAUGGCCUUCAGAGGAGUGUCCGAGAAGAAGAUUGUGUUUACAGAUGGGGAUUUGAUCAACCACAAUCUGCAGCCUUCCCAAUUCCUGUCCGGGUUCCUGAUGGAGCUUUUCGAGAGGGAGGAUUCUGCCCGGAGCGUGGUGUAUACAUUCCCAGACCUCACCAUCCAAGAGUUUGUAGCUGCAGUGGCACAAUUCCUGAAUCCACAUCCCGAGGAUAUCCUGAAAUUCCUCACUGAAGCCCAUAACACAACAGAUGGGCGAUUUGACAUAUUUCUACGUUUUGUCGCUGGUCUCUCCUCCGCAAUGACAACUCGGGACCUGGAGGAGUUUCUGCGUCCAGUUCCUCAUCAAACAGCCUGCCGCGUGGUUGACUGGGUGAAGGAGGAGGUAAAACGCCAGUUUGAAAUCACAGAGAGUGAACAUAGUAAAAGGAGGCUCCUGAACGCAUUGCACUACCUGUUUGAGUCUCAGAAUCGUGGACUGGCUCAGGCCACACUGGGAUCAAUGGAAACGCUUUCUUUCCGUGAAAUGCGGCUCACCCCGAUUGACUGUGCAGUCCUGUCUCAUGUCAUCGGACUCUGUGAUACAAUAAAACUCCUCGACCUGCAGAGCUGCCACAUUCAGUGUGAAGGAAUCCAGCGGUUGGGACCCGGGCUGCACAAGUGCCGCGAAUUGGGACUUGGAUGGAAUGAUCUGGGAGAGUCAGGAAUGAAACCGGUGUUUGCGGCUCUGAGGAACCCGGAGUGUAAAAUACAGAUACUGUGGCUGGUCAAUGUCGGUCUCACAGAUUCUGGUGCCGAGGAUCUCGUCUCCGCUCUCAGUACAAACCCAUCACUGACGGAGCUGAACCUGGGAUGGAACUCGCUCACAGACCGAUCUGGCCCCGCUCUCCGCCGCCUCAUAUUGACCCUCCCGAGUCUGGAGGAGAUCCGGCUGCGGAACAAUCUGUUCAGUGAGACUGGGAGGAAGGAACUGAGAUCUCUGCAGGAACCCAGACCUGGACUGAGAGUGGCCGUAUGAACAUCUGAAUGUGUGAUCAUCCCCUCCCGCGGGAUGGCGACAUUUUGGCCGAUUCCCCGCCCUCCUAUUUAAAUCCCGACCUUACCUUUAACUCCCGCGCUCCCCUUUAAUGGCCGCGCGCCGGGUGUAAUUCCCAGCCGUUCUAAUGGAACUGGCUCCACUAUCGCACUCUGUGACGUUUGGAGCGUUUAGUCAGUGACAUAUUUCUGCCUCUUUCUGCGUAUUUCUGACGAAUCAGAGAAGAGUCCCGGCCCUAUGUCCUGUAACCUAGGAGUGGUCUUGGCUCUAUGUUCUGUAUUUAAGAGGGGUACCCGGCCCCAUGUCCUGUACCCAAGAAGGUGCACUGGCUCUGUGUUCUAGUCUCCCAAGAUCAAGGCUCUGUUCUCCUGUUCUGCCAAGACCAAAUCAAGGUUUCGUGUUCUCGUCCUGUCAAUGUGCCUCGCCCAGCGCUGUGCUGGAGUUCCCUCUUCCUGUCCAGGAGUCUCACGUCCAUUCCUGUAGUCAUGCCACGUCCUGUAGCCACGUCUUGUCCUCGCCUAGAUCCGGGGUCGGACCCUGAGUCAAGACCCAGGUUUCGGGUCCCUGUCCAGUCUCUGGCUCAGAGUUCAAAGUUCCUCGUCCUGGUCGCGCUUUCCUAGUCUAAGUCCUAGCCCAGGCCCUGAAUCCUGGUUUCGUCCAGGGCCUGUAUAAAUGCCCAGCGUCGUUUCUUUCCCACUUCCCUUGCUUGCUUGACACUCCUAGUCCUCUUCCAAGUACUUAAGUGUAAGUGUCUUGCAUUUGAGUCCGCUACCAACGCCGCCCUGUAUGACAGUAAUGGGUCGAUGUAAAAUGAUCUGUUGGGAGUGAAUGACACUCUGACAUAAAAUGGCCGCUGCAUCACUGAAAAUGCCUGACGGGACAGUUCAGGGUUAGUGAUACUUUAUUUAAAGUGAGCGAUGGAAACGGAGGGAGUGAGACACCUAUUGAAAACGGCCGUUACCGUAGUUAAAUUUGUUGAGAAAAGGGGAGAGAUGUAGUGAUUGAAGGAGAGUCCGUUGGCUGGGUUGAAACGGACAACAAGGAGGGAGGGACGCCUUGGUUACAUUGCGCGGCAGAGAAGGAGUGAAGGACACGUUGACUUCAAAUGACUGCAGGCUUCACUUGAAAUGGCUUUGGUCACGGUCAAAGUGACGGCUUUGGUCGAAGUGAGCGCAAGAGAGGGAGUGGUGCGUUGGUUGAAAAUGGGCGAAUCCUUGAUUAAUGCGGCCGCCAGGGAUGGAGAGCGACACUGAAUUGUUAUUGGUUGUAAUAACAGUAUUUUAUAAUUUGUGAUAUAUAUAGUGUUGGAUAUUAUAUAUAUAUGUGUGUUUUAAUUAAAAAAUUUUGUCACUGAA